AUGACUAUCUUUGAUGAAGAUGUGACGAUCACUCCGCCUCUUGCCACCCGUACCAACUCAACUGCGGAAUACGAAAGCUUCAGCAUGUCUAAUACCACCGCGUCAAACAUCAUGAUAGGAUUCGACGAUUUCUUUCCUUCGUACUACACCGCUAUCAAGGGACAGAAGCCAGCCCUGCGAUACAAAAACUACCCCGAUGGACCCUCUUUGCGCAAGCUGGCAUUCAAUCCACUUCUGUUUCCCAAUAACGUCACUCACCACAUGGAGAGAUUGGCAACCGCCAUGACCAACGUCAUCCGAUCAUCUGUCAGCGUAGAGAUGAUUUCGGGCGAUGCUCUAUCUCCACAAAGCAUCAUUGCUAUACAGUGGGAGUGGCUCAGUUUCCCAUUCCUGUUACUCCUCCUGUCCCUGAUCUUUCUGGUCUUGACGAUCAUCAAAACCGCAAGAGACACGGGAACGGGUGUUUGGAAGACAUCGGUCAUGCCGACUCUCAUCUAUAGUCUGCCCAAGGAGACUCAGGGUCAAUUCCAGGAACCAUCAACUUGGCACACUGCGAGGGAUACGAAGAAGGUUCGCAUCAGGCUGCUGCCAAAGUCGGUGCGUCGCCCCAAAUACCGCAUCCUGCUGUGCAAGCACCACGUGGCUGGAUUUGACAUGCACUGCCUUGAGCUGUGGAAAGAAUAA